AUGUCGUACACAGACAAGGAGUCUCUCCUUGCCCUGGGGCAGAUAGACCCCGAACUCAAAGCGUUUCUCGAGAAAGCCAACCUACCGCAGCCAGACUACAGCAGUCUCGACGACUUCAAGGCCAUGGUGGACAAACGAAAUGCCGACGCCAUGAAACUCUUGGGCCAGCCUCCGCCGGAAAUCAAGCAGACCGAGUUAGAAUAUCCCACAGCGGACGGUACCAAGCUGCGCGCAAAGCUCUAUCAACCGACAACCCCUCCCAAGAACGGAAGCCCGCUGAUCGUCAUGUACCAUGGUGGAGGGUUCUGCAUUGGCGCGCCAGAGGGCGAGGAGCAGUCAUGUCGCAAUUUUGUGCAGGCUUUCGGUGCUGUCUGCAUCUCAGCCUCGUAUCGCCUUGCUCCGCAGUUCAAAUUUCCAUAUGCGCCCAAGGACUGUUGGGACUGCUUACAAUGGGCGGCGGCCAAUGCAAAGUCCUGGGGCGCCGAUCCUUCGCUCGGGUUUGUCAUUGGUGGUACUUCGGCAGGAGGGAAUAUAACGGCUGUCCUGGCUCAUGUGGCACGAGACGAAAAGUUGUCGCCCCCCUUGACAGGCCAAUACCUCGCCAUUCCUGCGGUGUUGCCUGCAGCCAAGGUCCCAGAAAAGUACAAGGAGUACUUCCUGUCGUACGAGCAAAACCGAAACGCACCCGUCCUGCCUGUUGCGGCGAUAGAUAUGUUCAUGCGCGGAUACGAGCCUGAUGAAGACGACGGCGUCUGGUAUGCUCCCUUUAACCACCCGAAAGGCCACAAAGAUCUGCCUCCUGCCCUGUUCCAGAUUGAUGGGAUGGAUCCGCUGAGAGACGAAGCCAUCAUCUAUGAGCGCGUGCUGCGGGAAGAAAAUGGGGUCAAGACCAAGAUGUAUGUCUAUCCUGGUGUGCCGCACGGACACUGGGGCUUCUUCCCGUUUUUGAAGGCGAGUCAAAAGUUCCGUCGAGAGCAGGUCGAGGGCAUGAGUUGGUUGCUGGGAAGAGAGGCCGACUUCAGCAAGGUCAUCACCCAGGCUGUGGCCGCGGGUGUGUGA